AUGCAACAAACCACGAAAUUAGGAGCUUCGCUAAUCAUACUUUUGAUCGUCAAUGGUAUUCGUUUAUAUCAAUAUGUCACUGAACCACACACUGUUUCCUCUGUUUCAAAUGAUAUCAAAACAAAAUUAUCAUCAAGAGCUAUUGAACAGAAUGCAAUUAUAAUGGGUUUCAAUACGGACCUGCCUAAGUUCAGAUCGUUUAUUCCAAUCAAAGCAAAUGUGAAACAUGACUUAGGAGGAUACUAUCAAGGUGAUGGUUCUAUAACAAUCGCGUUAAUUGGUAACAGCUAUGCUCGAAGUAUUAUGUAUGUGCUUAAAUUAAUAUUAGGUAAAUCAUUCAACAAAAUACGAGCAUUUUCAAAUUUUUAUUGCAACAUGACAUUGCAUGCUGACGAUAUGGAUUGCAACGAUUAUGUAAGGAAUAUGAUCCUGGAAUUAAAUGAGCUAAGGCCAGACAUAAUUUUCAUUGAAAUUGUAAAUGCAGAUGUGUUGCAAACGCUUAUCGAUAUGUUGAUAACGAUUACAAAACGAAUUAUCAUUGAAUAUCCGAUUGCAAACAGGAAAUAUGGAACAUUCAAUAUAACAUCACGAAUAAUGCGCAGUCUGAUCAAACAUGAACCUUUAGAAAGCAUGGAUAUUGAAUACUUAGAUUAUUAUUCCUAUUAUAAAUAUGCAAUAUCAAUAUUUGAUAGCGUUCGAUGUUAUAAAUGCGAUCGGAUAUAUCUUUAUAAACUGUUUUGUAAUAGCAAGAUAUGUCGUACGUAUGAUCGCAAGACUUUGACAUCAUAUUUCGAUGCUAAUAUUCACUUACAUCGAUAUACGUUGAACGCUUUACAAAAUUUUUAUAGAAAAGUUUUGAAUGAAUUAUAUGCGAAAGGUUAUAUAAGUCACUUUUAG